AUGGCUAUGGAAUCGAAUGACAAUCUCACCUCGUACCUCAAGUCGAUGUUUGUGCAGUUCCAUGGAGAAGAGCAAUUGCCACCACCGCCACCACAGGCACCCUCAUCAGCACCGGCUCCGGUGGCCAGCAGUAGUCAGUCAACAGCAUCUGAAACCGCAUCAACGAGCAGUAUGGCUGUGGAAGGCACCACCAGUGAGCCGCUGACAAACUAUGAAGAGGAGACGGACGUGAACAACAACAGCGAAAGUCCAGCAAAAAACGCUUCUCCACUAAAGCUGAUGACCAAUGGCAACUCUACCAUUGAGGUGAACGUUGAUGUCCACCACCACAGCAAUAAUGAUUCAAUCGAUGCCAGCAGAGGCGAAAGCAGUGGCAGUGAAGAGGCGACGCUGAUAGAGGCUGAAUCCCCUCAGCCAGUGCAAACCACUCUGGCACACAAUAAGAUUGCACUCACCUUUCUCGAUGAACUGAAGCAAACCUUGCAGAGCAAUGAAGGCAAUGAUGCACCUACCACUGAACAGGCAGUGCAUCCAACCGAGCAAUCAUUAGUCGUCCAAACUGACAGUGGAUCCUCAGCAGAUCGUCGGAAGGAGGAGGAGAAAACUCCCUCUUCGCCACCGCCACAGCCAGCAGCCAGAGCAAUUGAAGCCUCCUCCUCGUCGAGCAGCAGUGUCGCCGAGGAGGCCACCUCCUCCACCGCUGAGUCAGGCAUUCAGGAGGACAUUGACGAUGCAGUGUUCAGUGGACAGGGCUCAUCCACCGCCUCCACACCCACCCUCGAAUCGGACAUUGUCUCCUCUCCCCCAUCCUCCUCCUCCUCCAAUCGAUUAGUUCGCUCUGCCUCCUCCAAUGUAUUCAGCAGCAGCAGCAGCUCUCAAUCCAAUGGCGGACCACCUUCAACUAGCGGACGACGAGUGCUGCGCAGCGUCUCGCAGGAUGUUCGCUUCAAGUUGGAGUCCAUCAAGGAGGAGAAGAAGGUGACCAAGGCACACGUCUCUGAGCUGGCCAACUUCUGGAAGGGCAAGAUGAUCUCGCCCAAGGACAAAUCUUAA